AUGGGUCGACCCGAAGCCUGCGUGCUCUUCGCUCAGACAUUCGUUCACCCCAACCUCAAGGAAUACGUCGACGAGGUGCUAUUUGCGGAACCUGUAGUCAUCACUGCCUGUGAGUUUCUCGAGCACAAUGCUCCGUCAGCUUGUUCUGCAGUGAAACUUAUGGGGGCCACUUCACCUCCCUCAUUUGCAUUGGAGGUUUUUGUUCACUGCGAAAGAGAAACAAGAUUUAGGCGGCUAUGUCAGCCCUUUCUGUAUUCUCAUUCAUCAUCAAAUGUACUUGAAAUAGAGUCUGUGGUGACAAACCAUCUGGUCAUAAGGGGCAGCUAUCGCAGCUUAAGUAUGGUUAUAUACGGGAACACAGCUGAAGAUUUAGGCCAAUUCAACAUAGAAGUUGACCUAGAUGGCUCUUUGACAGAUAAUGUUAGUGCUAUUGAGGGAAAACUUGAGGACCUUCCUCCUGCAUUUCGUCCCAUGAAACCGACAAUUGAGGAACUUGUGCUUCCCCUGAAAAUAUUGUCCCAGACAGUUAUUGCAUUGGAUAUUCCUCUUGAAAUAAAGAAAUUUCUGCAUCUAGCUUUUAAGAUAUUGGAGUCUCCAAACCUUGGGGCAGCAGCUGAUAAAGUUCUUAGUUCCCUGUUAUCAGUGGCCUCAAUUUAUGCAACUCCUCACCUGUCGUAUGAUACUAUUGAUAAGAAGAGAUUUGGUGUAUUUAUAUUGAAAAGUGGCGGCGAGGCUCAUCAUGUUCUUACUGAAGCCCGGAAGGAACUUUCAGAUGUUUUUAAAAGUCUUAGAGAUCAAUCAGGAGGUUCAGAUAGCUUGUGUUUUGAAUAUGAGGUUCCUACUUCCAAAGAGUUGGUGGACACUUUAUAUGAACACUUCGAUUUUUGUGGAAACUCAGGAAAUGUUGGAUAUCCUGAACUUUCACAGAAUAGGAACACCAUAAUGUUGUUGAGCGCGGCUCUUUUAUUGUGCUCUGCUAGGGAGAGCUGCUUUCACUUUGUUAAUUAUGGUGGUAUGAAGCAGCUUGGAUAUGUUUUCACCCACAGGACUCAGAAUUCUACUACUAUUACAAUUUUGUUGCUUGGAGUUAUUGAGCAGGCUACUCGGCUUUCAAUUGGCUGUGAAGGGUUCCUAGGAUGGUGGCCUCGAGAAGAUGAAAGCGUCCCUUCUGGUAUUAGUGAUGGCUAUAAUCAGUUAUUGAAGUUGUUGUUGCAGAAUCAGAAGCAUGAUAUUGCUUCACUUGCAACUUACAUACUUCAUCGUCUGCGUUUUUAUGAAGUUACUUGCAGAUAUGAGUGUGCAAUGGUAUCUGCACUUGGGGUUAUUUCUUCAGUUGGCCGUGCUACAAAUUUCACAUUGGACAUGCUUGCCAGUGCUAAAGCGCAACUUAAAAAGCUCGUGAAAUUGAUAAAUUUGCGUGGCCCAAUUGAAGACCCUUCUCCGAUGGCUUCUGCAAGCAGAUAUUUUAUCCUCGGUGAUGCUGGAGUAUUGCCAUAUAGCAAAACAAGAGGCUUGAUUAAACUCUCAAAUAGUUGCUUUUCAAAUUGGGACAUAGACCCACAUUUGCUUUCCCUUCUCAAGGAGAGGGGCUUCCUUCCUUUGUCAGCUGCUUUGCUGUCAUCUUCUAUUUUGAGAUCUGAAACUGGGCAUGCUUUGGACUUAUUAUUAGAUAUUGUAUCACAUGUUGAAGCUACAAUACUCUCACUCCUCUUUUGUCGCUCAGGAUUAACUUUUCUUCUACAUGAUCCCGAAGUCUCCAGUAUGAUCAUUCAUGCCUUGCGGGGUGUAGAUGAUGUUAGGAAGGAAGACUCCAUAUCUCUUCGGUAUGCCUAUGUCCUGAUAUCGAAGAAUUUUUUUUGUCGCCCACAGGAAGUUAGUGUGAUCAUCGAGAUGCAUGUUAGGGCGAUAAAUGCUAUAGAUAAUUUACUUACAUUGGCUCCAGAUACUGAAGAAUUUCUAUGGGUUCUCUGGGAUCUUUGUCGCCUUUCACGCUCCGAGUGUGGACGACAGGCUCUGUUGGCUUUGGUGAAUUUUCCAGAGGCUCUUUCAAUUUUGAUGACUGCAUUGCAUUCUGGAAGGGAACUUGAUCCAGUUGCAGGAGUAUCACCGUUAAGUCUUGCAAUCUUUCAUGCAGCGGUCGAGAUUCUUGAAGUUAUUGUUACUGACUCGACUGCGUCUUCUUUAGCAUCUUGGAUAGAUCAUGCUAAGGAACUUCACAGGGUAUUACAUUCCCCCUCACCAGGGUCAAACAAGAAAGAUGCACCUGCACGGCUUCUUGAGUGGAUAGAUGCCGGGGUAGUUUACCAGAGAAAUGGGGCUAUUGGUCUCUUACGCUAUGCUGCCGUGUUGGCUUCUGGAAGGGAUGCUCAUAUGGCCACAAAUAGUGUUCUAGCAUCUGAUGUGAUGGAUAUUGACAAUGUAGUUGGAGAUUCUUCCAGCAAUUCUGAUGGUAACAUUAUUGAUAAUUUACUUGGAAAACGUAUUAUGGAGAAGGAUUUUGUUGGUGUCAUUCUUCGUGAUUCUUCUAUUGCUCAAUUGACGACGGCAUUUCGAAUUCUGGCAUUUAUUUCAGAUAAUAUGGAUGUUGCUGCUGCUCUCUACAAUGAAGGCGCUGUCAUGGUUAUCCAUGCUGUAAUGAUCAACUGUAAACUCGUGCUUGAAAGGGCAUCCAACAUUUAUGAUUAUUUAGUUGACGAGGGUACAGAGGGCAAUACAACUUCAGAUUUACUGCUGGAACGUAAUCGUGAGAAGAGCCUCGUUGACCUGUUGAUUCCAUCUUUGGUCCUCCUGAUUAAUCUGUUGCAGAGGUUGAAGGAAGCCAAGGAGCAACACAGGAAUACAAAGCUAAUGAACGCCCUUCUACAAUUGCAUCGAGAAGUGAGCCCCAAAUUAGCAGCAUGUGCUGCAGACUUAUGUUAUCCUUGCCCCGAUUCUGCACUUGGUUUUGAAGCUGUAUGCCAUCUUCUUGCAUCAGCACUAGCCUGUUGGCCAGUGUAUGGUUGGACUCCUGGCCUUUUUCACUUCCUCUUCGACAAUCUUCACACAACUUCUCUACUGGCACUGGGCCCAAAGGAAACCUGUAGUUUACUUUGUCUACUGAAUGACUUGUUUCCAGAUGAAAGUAUCUGGCUGUGGAAGAAUGGAGUGCCAAUGUUGACUGCCCUCAGGUCGUUGUCUGUAGGGACAUUGUUGGGAUCUCAGAAAGAGAAACAGAUCAACUGGUAUUUACUUUCUGGACACCCCAAGAAGCUGGUUUGUCAAUUGUCACCACAGCUUGUGAAGCUGGCAGAAGUUGUUCUGCAUUGUGCUAUCAGUACAUCAAUCGUCAUACAAGAUAUGCUGCGGGUCUUCAUAAUCCGUAUUGCAAACUUAAAUAUCGAUAAUGCUUCAGUAUUGCUUCAACCUAUCAUAUCGUGGAUCUCUCAUCACCUUUCAGAACCGUUGACAUUGUCUGAUGUGGAUGCUUACAAGGGCUUUCGAUUGCUGAGUUUUCUUGGUAGCUUAUUGGAACAUCCAAAUGGAAAGUCAUUAUUGCUGAAGGAGGGUUAUGUUCAGAUGCUCACGAAAGUGCUCGAAAGGUGUAUUAGUGCCACUAACUCGGAUGUAAAACUGUUCCCAGAAAACGGAAAUGUGGCUAAAGAUGAAUUUUCUUUGCUUAGUUGGUGUAUACCCAUAUUUAAGUCUAUCUCUUUAAUUAGUGAUUCUCGAGCUUCUGUGCAAUAUGCUGGAGCUAAUGGAAGGUGCAUUCGUGAGAGUUUGACUGCUGAAGAAUGCAUCGAACUUUUGUCCUACCUCCUUAAAUUUUCCAUGGUUUUGCCUGUUGGAAAAGAAUUAGUUACCUGUCUGUCUGCUUUCAAAGAAAUGGGUUCCACUGCUGAAGGCCAGAGUGCUUUACUGUCGAUUUUUAUGCACAGUCGUUCCUCUGGCAUUGAGAUUUCUGAGUCCCAAAGUAGACAUGAAAGUGAUGGAAGAUACAAUCUAAUUGAUGUAUCUGAUUGGAGGGAGCAUCCUCCAUUGUUAUGUUGCUGGACUACUUUAGUGAGGUCGAUUGCCUCGAAUGAUAUUUCUCCAGUACAUACUGCUUCAGCUAUUGUUACAUUAUGCACAGGAGCAUUACGCUUUUGCAUGGACGGGGAAAGCUUCAAUUUGGAGAGGGUGGCUGCUAUCAAGUUCUUUUUCAGAAUUAAGGAUGGGAGUUCUGUAGAUGGUUUUAUUGAAGAGAGCAUGAACCAGAUCGAGGAGUUUGCAAAUCUGUUAGAGUCAGAGAUAAGCAAUGAUACAUAUUCAGCUGCAGGGGAUGUGCCCCCUACUCUGUACGAGGUUAAGGAGUCUGCAAACUCAUUAAUACUUCUGUUGCAAAAGUCAACUGAUACAGUGAAUGAGGAUGUUACAAUUGCCAGUCUCCCAAGCUCAUUAGUUGUUGCUCCAGUUCCUUCGAGGGUGCAUAAAAUUGCAAACAGCAGCAUAGAACGGAUGGAGGAUUACAGCUUGGAUGAAUUUGGAGACAAGUUUUUUUGGGAAUAUCCUGAAACUCUGCGAGAUAGACUUGCACAGACCGCUCUUCCUGCAAAAAGAAAGAUCUCUUCAUUGGAGGGACCAAAUAGGCGUGCCAGAGGGGACAAUGCUGCAGCUGAGGCCAUCACACAAAGUACAUUCUCUAGGGGAUCGGGACCUGUUGCUGCCCCCUCUGGCCCUACUCGUAGGGAUACCUUUCGACAACGUAAGCCAAAUACUAGCAGGCCUCCUUCUAUGCACGUGGAUGACUAUGUUGCGAGAGAAAGAAAUGCUGAUGGUACAAAUUCUAAUGUAAUUGCUGUCCCACGGAUAGGAUCUACAAGUGGGAGACCACCAUCUAUCCAUGUGGACGAAUUCAUGGCCAGACAGAGGGAGCGCCAAAAUUCUGUGGGAUCCACAGGUACCGAGACAACAGCACAGGUGCAAGCAACAGUACCAGAUAACAACGCAGAUGCCGAGAAGCUCAGUAAACCUCCGAAGUUGAAACCUGAUCUUGAUGAUGAUCUACAGGGAAUUGAUAUUGUAUUUGAUGCCGAGGAAUCUGAAUCUGAACCUGAUGAUAAACUGAUGUUUCCUCAACCGGAUGCCCAUCUACAGCAGUCUCCCUCUGUUGUAGUCAAGCACAGUUCUCCUCAUUCAGUAGUUGAGGAGACAGGUGCUGAUGUGAAUGAAGGUAGUCAGUUUUCUCACUUGAGUACACCAUUAGCUUCAAAUAUGGAUGAAAAUAUGCCAAGUGAAUUUUCUACAAGAAUGUCUGCAUCUCGUCAAGAGAUGCCAUUGACUCGAGAACCAAGUAUUUCUUCGGGUAGAAAAUUUCCUGAUCAGUCAGAGGACGUGAAGAGUUUUCCAGUCCAAACACCUAGGAUUGAAUCUCCUGCUGGAGCUAGUGGUUCUGGAAUUUCUACUCAAGUCUAUGCAAACACUCCCUCUUCAACUGGACAAUUAGCUUUUGGCUCUAGGCCUCCUGCCUUCUAUUCGCAAGCAAAUUUCCCACAAAGUGGAACUGUACCUUUAAGUGGUGGUGGUUCUCAAGGAUUCUACGAUAAAAAAAAUCCAUUAAAUCAGCCACCUUUGCCUCCAAUGCCACCUCCUCCAACAGUCUCACCUGUAUUAUCUCAAACUACAGAUACCAUUGUUCAGUCAGAAUAUCUGUCUGUUUUGGCUAGCAAUUCCUCACUGGCAACUUCCAGUCCUUUGCCUGAUUCAAGAUUCGGACAGAAGUCCCAUUCUUCCCCUGGCAGAUCGAGUAGACCGCUACCUCCUCUUCCUCCUACACCACCUCCAUAUUCAUCUAACCCUUCUGCAAUAUCCUCAUUUAAAAAUCCAAAUUCUCAGUCUCCAAUGUACACUCAAACUGUUGGUAGUUCCGAGCUUCAGCAAAACCUUGUUGCACCUUCAAUGGGUACUGGAUUAGGCAACCUUUCGGCAUCACGGACGAUGCUAACUUCUUAUCCCCCGCCUCCUUCAGUACAACCCUUGCAUUUCAGGCCCGGUUCCGUACCUAUCAAUUUUUAUGGGAAUAGUUUAGUUCCACAUCAUGGAGAAAACCUACCUAGUAUUUCGCAAAACCUUCCCAUGUCUCUUCCUCCAUUUCACUCCAUACCGCCCCUUACUCAGUUGCAGCCACUACAGCCACCACAAAUUCCUCGCCCGCCACCACAGCAUCUGCGGCCAUCCAUUCCUGCUUCCCUGCAGGAGCAAGGCACGUCUGUGUUGCAAAGUCCCCUACAAGUGCCCCAACUCUCUCCUGCCCACAUGUACUAUCAGACCCUACAGCAGGAUAAUGCUGCACAUUCAUCGCAACAAGUUGAGCAGUCACGAGUUCAGCAUCAGCAAGCGGAUGGCACAUCCCAGCAACAAGAUUCUGGAAUGUCGUUGCAGGAAUACUUUAAAUCCCCAGAAGCAAUUCAGUCUCUGUUGAGCGAUCGUGAUAAACUUUGUCAGCUUCUGGAAGAACAUCCUAAGUUGAUGCAAAUGCUGCAGGAGCAACUAGGCCAUUUAUAG